AUGGCUAUGGAUACUAAGCCGUUGACACCGCCGCUUUUGAUCUCAUGUAGUCAAAUUUCUGCACACGGUUAUUGUGACAAUUGUGGAACUAUACUCGAUCAAGUUAGUUGGAAACAAUGCAAAAUAUGCCAUAAUUUUGAUUUAUGUCGUAAUUGUGCGAAGCCUGCUUUUGAAUUGGAACUUGCAACUCAACGUGACCAUAAGAAUUAUCAUAAGAGUAAUAAUUAUGAUGAUCCAAAAGGCAACGAAGAUUUGCAUUCUGUAUUUGUUGGAGAGGCUGAAAUAAAUUGGCAUGAACUUCUGAAUAAAAUAAAAGAAUCUCACUUCCAAAGAAUAAUGGAAAAAGGGAAAAUUGAAAAUGACAUGGAGAUGUCUUAUGUUAUGGCUAUAUUAGAGAAAAAAGUGCCGACAAAAACUGCACCGCCAUCACCGUCUGAAGAAGAACAACGAUCCAAAUUGGGCUCAAUGCUUGUUGAAUACCAUAUACAAGCAUAUAAAAGAAAGAUACGUGUAUUGAGCUUAGAUGGUGGAGGGGUGCGGGGCUAUAUGUCCAUUAAAGUUCUUGGAGAGCUCAUAAAAGAUACUUAUCUGCCUGACAUUGAGGUAUUUGAUCCCGAGAACAAAGAACACCAGGAGAAAUUUAAAGAAGGUCAAUUAAAGUUUACCGAUCAAUUCGAUUACUUUGUUGGUACAAGUACAGGUGGGCUCAUUGCUUUCUGUUUGGCUACCAAAUAUCCUAUAUUAGAGAUCCAGAAGAUAUAUGCCAAGCCGUCGGCUUAUUUCACAAAAAAUUGGUUGAAUAGUUGGCGUGUAUUUGGUUGGUUGGGAGAUAUCAUGUCUGCCAAAUAUAAUCACAAUAAGAUACACGAACGAAUUGAUUCAAUUAUUGGUGAAAUAUUUGAAGGAAGAUUGGACCAUGGCAAAAAAUUAACAGCUAAAAAUGCUACUUUACUUGAUUUACACAAUUUGCUGAAUCCUGAACAUAUGAUUAGUAAUGACGCAUUGAAAAAAAAUCGCCGAUAUCACGGUAGUUCUUUAGAAUUCGUGGAUGAUAAACUGUCGACGAUAGAAUGUAUAGAGGCUCAUAAGGGUAUAACAGCUCAUCGUGUCACACGUGAAAAGGUAUUACUUAUUACUGCUUACAAUACAACAACAAGUAGCAUUACCGUAUUUAAUACAAGUUUUGCUGAACAUUGGCAGUACCUUAUAGCAGAUGUGUUAAAGGCUACAAUGGCUGCUCCUACUUACUUUCAACCAUGGUCAAUCCCUAAGGGAAUAAAAGAAAAUGGUAGUUUUGUUGAAGGCCCUAAACCUCAUGAUGUAUAUAUUGAUGGAGGUGUGUUUGCCAACGAUCCAGAAUUAACAGCAUUAUGGGCAAUACGAAUGCAAUGGAAAAAAAUGGUCAAUUAUCGCAUACUUUCUAUUGGUACAGGAUGUUAUAAUCCAGAAUUAUCAUCGACAAGUUGGGGAGAUCCACCAUAUCAGUGUUCACAUAUUGGUUGUACAAAAACAUUUAUACGUGCAGAAUAUUUACGUUUACAUGAACGUUCACAUUCAGGUGAAAAACCAAAGCCAUGUGAAUAUGCUGACUGUUCGAAAGCAUUUAGUAAUUCAUUAGAUCGAACAAAAUAUAUUAAACGAACACAUUUAAAUAAAAAAACAUAUAAAUGCCAAAUUCGAGGUUGUCGUAAAUCUUAUACAGAUUCAAGUUCAUUAAGAAAACAUGUUGAAAAUAUUCUGGGUCAACAUGCAUUUCCCAAUGAAUUAUCACCAUCAAGUAGUUUUUGUGUUAAUGCAUUAUCAGAUGAUAUUCAACAAACACCAAUAUCAAAUCCUAAUCCUAAAAUGACACAUUUACUUUAUCUUUGUCAAACACUUGAAUAG